AUGCUAGUGAACACUUCCUCUAGCAGCGUAGUCCAAUCAGAACCACCUGGAAUGUUCACCGCAGGAACACAGCUAUAUAUCCUAAACGGUACCGACCCAGAGGGGGAUGCCGUGUGGUUUGGCCUGACCUUUGAGAAGGGCACCAGAGAAUACCUGAGAGUGGACCCUAAGUCAGGAAACAUAACUCUCAUUCAGGAACUGGACAGAGAGAAACAAGGUGAAAUCGUAGCUUUUGUUAGCAUAACAGAUGGUCGGAAUAAGGUUGUCGAGACGAUACGGGUGUUUGUCACCGAUGCCAAUGAUGAGCAACCAGAGUUCCAGAACCUGCCUUUCGCCGUGGACGUCCCCGAGGACACCGCGGCUGGAAGCAGCAUUUACAGAGUACAAGCGGUGGAUAAAGACAUGGGCUCUGGAGGCAGUGUCAACUACUACUUACUGGAUGGGGGUGGACAGUACAAAGGGAAGCACCAGGUGUUGACAUCUACAGCCACCAUAACCAUCAACGUCCUCGARGCCCAAGACACUCCUCCAGCCUUCAUUGGAACUCCUUACUUUGGCUACGUCUACGAAGUCUCACUUCCUGUAAGUACAACACAACCUCCUUACUUUGGCUACGUCUACGAAGUCUCACUGCCUGCAACUGAGCUGGGGCCGAGUGAGGAGCUUUUGGACUACUAUACCAUGACUGUGGUGACGGUUCGAGUGGUGGACCUCAACAACCACCCACCUACCUUCUACGGAGAGAACGGGCCCCAGAGCCAGUUCGAGGUGACCAUGUAUGAGCACCCUCCAGAGGGGGAGAUCCUCAGGGGGCUAAAGAUAACGGUCAACGACUCUGAUCAGGGUGCGAAUGCUAAAUUUAAACUGAGAUUGGUGGGGCCUGGUCGUGUACUCAGAGUGGUGCCCCAGACGGUCCUCAAUGAAGCACAGGUCACCGUCAUCGUUGAAGACUCUGCUGCCAUCGAUUACGAAAAAGGCAAAACCUUAACGUACAAGUUACUAGCGAUGGAGAUUGACACCCUUGAGAGGUUCAGUGCCACGGCUGAUAUUGUGAUUCAUCUUCUGGACACCAAUGACAACACUCCCAGGUUCACCUCAGAAUAUUACGUCGCCCGUAUCCCGGAAAACUCCCCCGGAGGCUCCAACGUAGUGUCUGUCACCAUCGUGACUUCUGCUAAUGAUCCAGAUUCUGGCCUUUGGGGUGAAGUCAAAUACUCCAUCUAUGGUUCCAGAACUGAUUUGUUUCUCAUCCAUCCGUCUUCAGGCAUCAUAUACACCCAGGCCUGGGCCACUCUGGAUGCUGAGGUCAAGUCCAAGUACAACUUCUACGUGAAGGCAGAGGACACAGAGGGCAAGUACAGCCUGGCGGAGGUGUUUGUCACUGUCCUGGACAUCAACGACCAUGUUCCAGAGUUCGAUGACAGCCUUGUGGAGCGGACCAUGGUCAUUGGUGCACCUGUUAGAGUAGAGGUAUCAAUAGAUGCCGAUGCAGGGUCGCCCAACAACAUCAUUGAGUAUUCCAUCAUGCAACUGAGCCGAAACAAUAUCUUCGACAUCAACGCGAACGGGAGAGAUCAACCUAAGUCGUACAUCAAGUCCAUGGAGAUCGUGCAGAACAUCACCAAGCAGAAGGACUAUGGUCUCUGGUGUCAAGCCCGGGACCGAGGGUCUCCGUCCUUCAGCACUACCGCCGUGGUCAACAUCGACAUCACUGAGGCGACUCAAGUCAAUGGGCCUAUGGCAACCUUUUUAUUGCAAAGUAGGGACAACCCAAUGAAGGCCCUUGGCAUGGUCGCUGGUGUCAUCAGCAUAUUGGUAGGGGUCACUGUCUUGAUCUCCACGGCUACGUUCUUGCGCAACACCAAGUCCAACAGGAUAAUGCCGGCACGCCGCAUUGUCAUCAGACGGAGACCGCCAACGGACCGCAAGCCGUGGACUUUUAACGUACCGUUCCGUGGUAGCGGAAAUMACUCGUCGAACAAGUUCAUUGUAGGCGACCAGGAAGCAGGGAGUGUCAACAUCAACCUCAACAACAAAAGCGGCCCCCGGUGGUCCAGGUCAAAACCCAAGCCAACGCCCCCUAGAGCUCCCUGCCUGCCCCCUCCAUCCUGCCCUCCUCCGUCCUCCAACCCCAGGCCCAGUGAGAGGCCCCGGCCCUGGGCAGCAGUGCCCACCGUCUCUGGGGGCCUGACCUCCACUGGUUCCAGGAGAUCCAGCCAGAGCAGGGAGAUCAACAUCGGCUCUGACACUUCUAGGAUCCCCGUCAGCUCAGCCCUGGUCUCUGAACUCAAAAUGAGACUAGAGCAGAAAAUCAUUGAGAGCAACUCAAGCUAUUAUUGAACCCGAUAGUUGUAGUGUGUGCUUGCACUCUAACCAAUCUCUCAGUAAUUGUCUCGACUUCUGAAGGUUACUCAGUCCUAGUAUUGUAAAACUGCAAAUGUAAAGGAAGGUUAACCGCUAGGCUCUUAACCGCUAGGCUCUUA